AUGGCGUCCUCCGUUCCCGUAGUCGACAUCCUCGACGACGACGACGACGACGACGACAACGGCCUCGCCAUUGCCUCCCCUCCCUCCUGCAAGCGGUCCCUCGGAUCCUCGGGAAUCUCCUCCCGCGACUUCCUCGACGCGUUCUCGCCGUCCCCGCCCCGGCAGAAGCGGCCUCUGCCCGCGGCGGAGGGCCCCAUCAACCUCGACGACACCCCGUCCCCGCCAAAGUGGCGGCGCUCCUCGGUCUCCAUCGACCUCGACGACACCCCGUCACCGCCAAAGCGGCAGCUCUCCUCGGUGCCCAAGCUGCCGGUUCUUGUGGUGGAUGAGGACGUGGCGCCGUCAGCCCCUGGUGAUGCUGGUACCGACAGGCCCGAUUCUAUCUUUGACUGCGCCGCUUUCUCCGAGUCACCGGAGACGGUUGUGCGCAGUUCUGCCGGCCUCGGCAGUGUUGAUGUUGAGGCUCCGGGCUUCGCCUCCUCGCGCUCGGUUAGGCCACCUGCUGCCCCUGGCAUGUCAUCUGCUCCGCCGGCACAAAAAGGAUCUGGAGUUACUUCUCUGAUAUCACUUGAUAGUGACGAUGAGUCGGAUGAUGACAUCAUGAACAGGGAGCCUUCAAUCAAUUUGUCAAGCAAUACGGAAGCGAUGAUGUGCCAGAAGGAUGAUGAUGCCCAACAUGUGCAAGCGAAGCAGAAAAGACAACCGGCAGGGAAGAAACUGACAAAGGAGGAGAAAGGCAAACUGAUGCAAGAAAGAAAACAAAAACGACAGGAAGAUAAAGUAGUGAAGCAAGCUUUGAAAGAUAAACUAGCUAAGAAGAAGAAAAUGGAAAAAGCAAUUCAGAAGUGGGAAUCAGGAAAACUUGCUCUAGAAUGUAUUACUGUUGAGAUUGACAACAGUGUUAUCCAAAGGGGCUCCAUUGGAGGUCCUCUUCUUUCAAGUUUGACAGAGAAUGGUCUUUCCUAUGAACCUACUAAGAAUAAAAUUAGUGGUUCAAUUUUAUGGAAGUUGGAUGUUCCUGAUGAUAUUGCUCAGGCGUUUUCCGAUCUUAAAGAUAGCUGUGAUAUGAACCAAAAUCCAUUGUCACAAGUGAAAUAUGUUGCAAUUGUGCUUGAAGCCGAGGAAUUUUGUAAUCUUAUAAGCAACGGAUCGUUCUUUGAUCAUGUCCAAAGAGUUCGUGAUGGAUACCCAGGAUUCACCAUUUGCUACAUCAUUAAUAAACUGAUGAACUACGUCAACAAAUGUGAGCAAAGUCAAUACAAGAACCCUUCAAAUACUUGGAGACGUCCACCAGUGGAAGAGGUUUUAUGCAAACUGGCAACACACUAUAUUAAUGUCCACUCAAGGCAAUGCAUAGAUGAAGCUGAAGUAGUAGAGCACCUUGUUGGCCUUACGUCUAGUCUUGCAAAAUGCAAAUUCAGGAAACCACUAACAUGGUUAUCUGUGCAUGCAAAUGGUGCAAUUAUCCCUAAAAAUUUUGUUCAUAAGAACCUGGCGAAGAACGACACCUGGUUAAAAGCUUUAAUAGCGAUUCCUGACAUCCAGCCAAGAUAUGCUAUUGCAAUCUGGAAGAAGUAUCCCUGUAUGAGAUCCCUUCUGAAUGAAUAUAUGGAUGCCAGUAAAACCGUUGCCGAGAAGGAACGUCUGCUUAGCGACUUGAAGUGGGAAGAUCGCCUGGGUGACGAAUGCAAAAGGCUGGGUGACAAAUGCUCUAGAAGGGUGUACAGAAUGCUCAUGGCACAAAACGGAGUCUUGGAUACAGAUGACCCAGAAGCAGGCGGUAGAGCUUAG